CAAUCAGGAACCUACUGGGACCACAACAACACCAAGCUGGUCUCCUUUAACACUGAUGAAAUGGCUCAGGCAACUAAGACAUUGUUCACUUUGGACCCCGAAGCUGUGCUCACACUAAAACAUGGAAUCAACUUAAAGAAAAAUCCAGCAGAUGGGAAAUGUUACAUCAUCUACAAGGAUGACAAUGGUUUGAAGGCGUGUAAGAACCAGUGUAAACACCAGGGAGGAUUGUUCAUCAAAGAUAUAGAGGACCUGGAUGGAAAAACGGUGCGCUGCACAAAACAUUACUGGAAACUGAAUGUGUCAACCAUGGAAUAUGUGAAUCCGCCAGACAGCUUCCAGCAGAAUGAGCUUGGGGUUAACUGGAAUGAUGGAAGUCUUGAGUUAGUGGAGCUGAAUCCGGCUGAGCCUUGGCUUACUGAUCCAAAAGUCAGAGAGGAACUUGAAGUUGGAGAAGUGACGAUUACCUAUGUCACACACGCAUGUAUGGAACUCAAGCUGGGGAAUAAAACGAUGCUGUUUGACCCCUGGCUAACUGGACCUGCCUUUGCUCGAGGGUGGUGGCUUCUUCACGAGCCCCCAGCAGAUGCCCUGGACAGACUCUGCAAUGCUGAUCUGAUCUACAUCAGCCACAUGCACUCAGACCACUUGAGCUACCCUACUUUAAAAACCCUCGCCGAACGUAAGCCUGAUAUGCCAAUAUAUGUGGGAGACACAUCAAGGCCAGUGUUCUGGUACUUGAACCAAAGCGGAGUGAAACUGACAAACGUCAACGUGGUUAACUUCGGUGCCUGGCUUAAUGUCGAUGAGCACUUGCGAUUUAUGAUUCUGAUGGAUGGAGUACACCCUGAAAUGGACACCUGCAUAAUUGUGGAAUAUAAAGGUCACAGGAUCCUGAACACGGUGGACUGCACACAGCCAAAUGGAGGGCAUUUGCCAACCAAUGUGGACAUCAUGAUGAGUGACUUUGCGGGAGGCGCCUCUGGGUUUCCCAUGACUUUUACUGGAGGAAAAUACACUGAAAAAUGGAAGGAGGAUUUCAUAAAGAACGAAAGGAAGAAGCUUCUUCAUUACAAAACGCAGUUGGUGAAGACUUUACAGCCCAAGAUCUACUGCCCUUUUGCCGGCUACUUUGUGGAAGCUCAUCCCUCAGACAGUUACAUAAAGGACACAAAUCUGAAAAACUGUGCUGAAGACCUCAAUGCACUCAUCUCGAAGCAAGCUGACAAUAUCACCACCUGGACCCCCAAACCCGGUGCAACUUUGGACCUGGGCCUGACCUUGAGAGACCCCUCUGACAGGGGAGCUAUUACCAACCCCCCGCCUGGCACCCAGGUCAUGAAGAACAGCUGGAAUUUUGAUCAGUAUGUGGAUGAGCUCAAUUCUGCUAUUGAUGACGAGAUAUUCAAGCACAAAGGCUGGGUUCAGUUUUACUACACCUGGGCCGGAUUGACGGGCUACGAUCUUGUUGUGCAGGUUAUUGAAACAGACGAUGAUUUCAAUCCUAUCCCAAAUGGAUACAACUACUUUGUGGACUUCCUGGACCUCUCCUUCCCCAAAGAGAGACCAGAAAAUCGUUCUUAUGUGGAGAUUAAGAACAGAGUUGGUGUCAUUCGUUAUGUGGUGAAACAUGGCUUGCUGUGGGACAACCUCUAUAUUGGCUUCCAGAACAGGCUCAGCAGAGAGCCAGAUGUUUACCACCAUCGGUUCUGGAACCACUUCCAGUCAAAUCUGCCUUUAACUGGUCCAGACUGGGACCUGUUCCUCCAGGAGGUGCCUGAAGAAAGGAUGGAUGAAGAGACUACAGGAAGCAGUGGUUGCAACUUAUCUUAGAUUACUUAAGAUAUCGCUCUUCAUUAUUCAUAAAACUAAAUUAACAUUUACUGACAGGGACAUACUGAAAAUGUUCAGACCUUUGAAGGGAAAGUGCAAUGCUUUUUAAAUCCUUUUUGGAAUAUAUUUUGUAUGAAGCUCAUGCACUGUUGCAUGGAAAAGUGACCACAUCAUUGCAGCUACCAUCGUUUUUGAGAAAAUCUGCACUUUACUUUCCCCUACUCUAGCUUUAUUUUCGAAAUUGGAUCAUGACUGUAUCUAAUGUUAUACGGGGUCUGUCUGUAGCCUAAUGGGUAAGUGUCCCCUGCUUAGUCUGAUCAACUGUAAGUCACUUUGGGUAAAAACCGUCAGCUAAAUGACUGUACUGUAACUAAUGUAAUGUCGCAAUACAUGUUAAUUUAAGUUAAUAACCAAUCUUUUUUUUUUCUCUUUGUUGGUUACAUGUUGGUUAGAUCUGAUGUCGUUCGGCAUAAAAACUUUCUUUCACUCAGGCUUGCUAUCCAUGAAGGACAUUUUAUGUCUUGUACUACUCUUGUUAAAUGUAACUCUUUCAAUUGUGUUUACAUGGGGAAAAGUAUGAAAUUAAUUUAUAUUAUCUAUAUAUGUUAUCAUGUCCUUGUCCCAAGCUGUACAUCGGGAAAACUACUUUGUGAAAGACUCGUAUUAUUGAACAUAAAUUUGCA